AUGCAACUUUAUUCGGCGACGCUGUUAGCUAUAAUGGCAGCCCUCCUGUCUUCCGUCGAAAAUGCCGCGGUGUGUGGCUUGUCGAAAACAACGACUGCUAAUUCACCAGCGAAAUUCCGAAUGUUGCCUGGUAAUCAAGUUGGUAUCUCGUCCAGUAGGCUACUAAGAGUCUCUGUUGCAAAUGACAAAAGAAGUGAAGACAGAAUGAUGAAUGCUGUUAUUGAAAAGCUGAAGAGUGUGGUGAUGGCGGGGGCAUCAAAGGUCCAUGGGGAUGUGGACUGGAAGUCCUUACUUGCAGGGGAGCAAUCGGCCGACGAAAUUCUAAGUGUGUUUCAGCUAAAGGAUGGCAUAAAAUCAGCUCUGUUCAGCCCUAGAUUGAAGAGUUUGGAGCGCUACGUGAGAGAAGUGAACACGAGGAACCAAAACAGCCAAAUGUCAGUGAUUGGAGUAUUCACACGACACUACGGAGAUGACGAAGUGGCAAAAGCACUCGUGACUGCACAAAAGGAUGCUCAGACAAAGGGUGCAUUCAAUACGAUUCGUCAAUUACGAAAAGACCAGCUAUCGAAUUGGUUGGCCAGCGAGAAAUCUGUUGAUGAUGUUUUCACGCUGCUAAGACUUCGCGAGGAUGGGUACCAAGCUCUUGCGAGUCCGAAGAUGGAGGUACUGGAUGACUACUUGAAACUUGUUAUCCGCACUUAUUCAGGCAAGGAAACGGUACUCCAGACUUUAACGAAGGGUUUUGGUGGAGAAGAUAAACUGGCCAAGAUACUGCUGAUCGCAAAAGACGAUGCCAGUACAAGCGAACUGGCGGCAGCGUUGCAAAAUGCGCUACUCAACAAGUGGAUGGCAAGCAAAAUGCAGCCUGAAAGCGUGCUGAAGAGACUUAGUGUGGACAGCAGUUUGGAAGAUACCCUAUUCGGCCAAACCCUACCCACAUUAGCCGCGUUCAUCUUGAAGUACAACUCAAGGAACCCAAGUAGCAAGGCAUCAUUGAUUGGGACGAUUUCCGCCCAUUACGGGGACGAUGUGGUGGCGAAGACACUCUUUAAAUUUAGGUCUAAUGAUGCCACGAAAGACCUGGCUUCGAGUAUGCAGAUUCAGCAGUUCAACCAGUGGCUCACGAGCAAAAAAUCAGCCGACGAUGUUUUGAAGUUGCUAAAGAUUAACUCCAAUGAGUUUUUAGAACAACUUAGCCCAAAGUUGGAGGUCUUGAGCGAAUACAUCACGGCUCUCAAGACUGUGAACCCCCGAGAGAACACUGAUGUGUUCACGGUGGUCAGCAACAGCUUCGGUGGAGAAGGCGGACUGGCACGAACGAUCGUUGCGAUGAUGGAGAAGCUCGAAAUGUACAAUGUGGACACUGCCACCUAUCUUGGCACUGUGUAUCAAAAGGCGCUGUUUAAGCGCUGGUUCAGAAACGAUAUCGAGCCAGAAAGCAUUUACACGAAGUUCCUCAAGGUGGACGCAGCGUCUGCUGGCGCUCUAGACAUUGCUGUUGUUACCCGAUACACGUCAUACUACAACAAGAAGAUGGCUCCUCCUCCUGUCUUCACCUUCAAUGAUCCGAGGCGCUAG